UGCUGUGACACGACACAGGAAGCUGAAAUAGUGAAUAAUCCAAUGAUAUACAUAAUUCUGAAUAUCCCGUCCCUCAUUGGCUCUCCGCUGAGAACCAGAACGGGUGGCUCUCCUCAAGCUUGUGGUGCUGAAAUCUUGACUUGCUAUGAUAACGAUGUAAUGGCAAUGAGACAUUUCACUGUGGAACCCAAUAAACACCACCAAAAUGGACGAUGAUUUGUUCCAGUUAAGACAACUCCCCGUGGUCAAGUUCCGUCGCACGGGUGAGAGCACACGCUCUGAGGAUGACUGCUUGGGGAGAGACCAGGAAGUCCAGAUCGAUGGGAGGCAGGCUUACAUGGAGUCUGUGGCACUUCACGAUGGCGCACUAGUACCCCGGGAGUUUGCCAACCCAACUGAUGACACUUUCAUGGUGGAAGAUGCUGUGGAGGCCAUUGGUUUUGGGAAGUUCCAGUGGAAACUCUCCAUCCUCACUGGUCUGUCCUGGAUGGCUGAUGCUAUGGAGAUGAUGAUUCUAAGCAUCCUGGCACCACAGCUUCACUGUGAAUGGAGGCUUCCAAGCCUGUGGGUGGCGCUACUCACCUCGGCGGUGUUCAUUGGAAUGAUGAUCAGCUCUUCCAUUUGGGGGAACAUAUCCGAUAAGUAUGGCAGAAAAACAGGUCUGAAGAUGAGUGUGGCGUGGACCAUGUUCUACGGUGUACUGAGCGCCUUUGCCCCCGUCUAUGGCUGGAUCCUCUUCCUCCGUGCCCUGGUGGGAUUCGGCAUCGGAGGAGCCCCACAGUCGGUGACACUGUAUGCAGAGUUUCUCCCCAUGAGGUCCAGAGCCACCUGCAUCUUGCUAAUCGAGAUAUUCUGGGCGCUGGGCACUGUGUUUGAGGUGCUGCUGGCCAUCCUGGUGAUGCCCACUCUGGGCUGGCGCUGGCUGCUCGGCCUCUCCACCAUUCCGCUCUUCAUCUUCGCUAUCCUCUCUUUUUGGCUGCCAGAGAGUGCACGCUAUGACGUGUUGACAGGGAACCAGGAGAAAGCUCUGACUACCCUGAAGCGCAUCGCCAAGGAGAACGGAGUCCCCAUGCCCCUGGGAAAACUAAUUGCUGCCAGACAGGAGGACCGUGGGAAGUUCCAGGAUCUUUUCUCACCGCAUUUUCGCUGGACCACAAUUCUGCUAUGGUUUAUUUGGUUCUCUAAUGCAUUCGCCUACUAUGGCCUGGUCCUGCUCACCACUGAGCUCUUCCAGGAGGGGGGCGCCUGUGGGGAGUCAAAAGGUAGUAAGAGGGAGCCCAGGUGUAGCCUGGAGUGUAAAUACCUGACCUCAGACGACUACAAGGAUCUGCUGUGGACCACCCUGUCUGAAUUCCCAGGCUUGCUGGUGACUCUGUGGGCCAUCGAUCGGCUGGGAAGGAGAAAGACCAUGGCACUGUGCUUCUUCGUCUUCUCUCUCUGCCUUGUGCCACUCUACGCUUGUGUAGGGAGGACGUGGCUGACAGUAUUGAUAUUCAUCGCCAGGGCCUUCAUCGCAGGAGGUUUCCAGGCUGCUUAUGUCUACACCCCUGAGGUAUAUCCAACAGCAACCAGAGCAUUAGGUCUGGGCACUAGUAGUGGAAUGGCUAGAGUGGGAGCCCUCAUCACACCCUUCGUUGCACAGGUGAUGUUGGAGUCUUCUGUGUACCUGACUCUGUCAGUGUAUAGCAUCUGCUGCCUGCUGGCUGCCAUCGCCUCCUGUGCUCUGCCCAUUGAGACCACUGGUCGGGGCCUCCAGGAGUCCAGCCACCGCGAGUGGGGCCAGGAAAUGAUGGGCCGGGCCCCUGCCAACAGCUCUGGGGGCAUCCCACACUCCGACUCUGGGUCCCAGGAGGACGGAGCACAUGCAAGAGGGUGGUGAAGGAGGGACGCUGGAGUGGAAGAGAGAGACAAUGAAGGAGAAGGAAGCUAGGCAAGCAGCCCUUGUCCAUUCUCAGCUCAAAUGUGUCAUUACUGGUUUGUAUAUAGGCACCACAGUGACUUGAGAGAGAGCCUGCCACCAAAAUGUUAUUCAAAAACAUUUCUCAUUUUCAUUUUAAUCUUCAACCACUACCACUGUCAUGAUUUUUGCCAAUGUAGGAUAAACACACUCUGAGUGAGACAGAGCUCAAUCGAUUAUCCUGAGUAUACACUGGUAGCAGGGAGAGAAACUGUUCAGGGUGGGUUUGUCAUUCUUAUAUCUCAGUAUUUGAAUUUCAUAUUAUGAGGGAGAAGAACAGCGAGAUUUAUAGUAACAGUGAGAGUGAUAGUGAAAGAGAGUGAUAGAGGACAAUGCUUUGUUGCAUUGUUUCUAUUAACCUGUUUCUUUUAAGAGAGCCUUAAAACAAUGGUUCUACUCAGGUCCUACCACUCAGUUUUAGAUAAGGGACACAUUGAGGGCUUUUGACAGAGAUGUGACGUCAAGGGCCCCAAAAAAUCCAUUAUAUUUUGCAAAGCUAUAAUGAAAACAAUGACAUGUAAUGAAUUGCUAUCUAAUGAUACAAUAAUUACCCAUUCAACAUAAUCAAAUCUGUGCAUCUGGGGUUGUUUGCAGAUUCGCAUCACCACGUUAACCAUCCGACAUGAUGCACUUCAUAGAGGUGUGAAGUCACAAAUCUCAGUUACGCUUCAGUUUAGACACUUAUAUACUGAAUAAAAAUAUAACGCAACAUGUAAAGUGUUGGUUUCAUGAGCUGAAAUAAAAUAUCCCAGAAAUGUUCCAAACGUACAAAAAGCGAAUUUCUUUCAAAUUUUGUCCACAAAUUUGUUUACAUCCCUGUUCACAUCUGGCUUCUUCACCUGCGGGAUCGUCUGAGACCAGCCACUCGGACAGCUGAUGAAACUGUGGGUUUGCACAACCAAAUAAUUUAUGCACAAACUGUCAGAAACCGUCUCGAUGAAGCUCAUAUGCGUGCUCAUCGUCUUGACCUGACUGCAGUUUGGCAUCGUAACUGACAUCAGUGGGCAAAUGUUCAUCUUCAAUGGCCACUGGCACGCUGGUGAAGUGUACUCUUCACGAAUGAAUCCCGGGUUCAACUGUACCGGGCAGAUGGCACCGUGUGUGCGAGCGGUUUGCCUAUGUCAACAUUGUGAACAGAGUGCCCCAUGAUGGCGGAGGGGUUAUAGUAUGGGCACUCAUAUGCUACGAACAACCAACACAAUUUAAUUUUAUCAAUGGCAAUUUGAAUGCAAAGAGAUAGCGUGACGAGAUCCUGAGGCCCAUUAUCGUGCCAUUCAUCUGCCGCCAUAACCUCAUGUUUCAGCAUGAUAACGCACGUCCCCAUGUCGCAAGGAUCUAUACACAAUUCCUGGAAGCUCAAAGUGUCAACGCUCUUCCAUGGCCUGAAUACUCACCAGACAUGUCACCCAUUGAACAUGUUUGGGAUGCUCUGGAUCGACAUGUACGACAGUGUGUUCCAUUUCCCGCCAAUAUCCAGCAACUUCGCACAGCCAUUGAAGAUGUGUGGGACAACAUUCCACUGGCCACAAUCAACAGCCUGAUCAACUCUAUGCGAAGGAGAUGUGGCAAACUGCAUGAGGCAAAUGGUGAUCACACCAAAUACUGACUGUUUUUCUGAUCCACGCCCCAACCUUUUUUAAGGUAUCUGUGACCAACAAAUACAUAUCUGUAUCCCCAGUCAUGUGAAAUCCUUAGAUUAGGGCCUAAUGCAUUUAUUUAAAUGAACUGAUUUCCAUAUAUUAACUGUAACUCAGUAAAAUCUUUGACAUUUUCAGUGUAAAUGAGGCAAUCAAAAUAAUUACGUAAAGUCUCUGUGCAGCUGGCAUAAGCAUUCAUUAGCACUCAUAUUCUAGACCUGUCUUGAGAAGGUCGUAAUGUUAUUUAUCAGGAUGACUAUAGUUUAUGUAAAUUAGGAAAAUUGCAUAUGAGUACUGAUGAAAGUUCAUGCCAGGGUUCAUGCCAGGUGUUAUAAUGCUCAUAUAUGCAUUUCGAGGGUUUUAUGUAUAUGCCAUGAAACUGAAGUGCAACUGAAAUAUUUGAACUGUACUAUACUUGAUACUGUCACCUCUUAACGUAGUCACCCAAAGUUGUCAGUCUCGUACAGUAGUAAUUACACUACAUGGGUGAAAUCAUUCAAAGCAAACAUAAUCACAUGGUUUUUCAGGAUACACCCCAUGACAGCUUUUGCUUACUGGGCAAAAGUCAUCUCUGUAUAUACUGUACCAAAACCUGGGUUGGUUGUUGUUGUUUUUGUUUGUUGGUGGGGGGAUGGUCUUUGUCCCCUUGUAAAAAUAACAUGUGAAACAAGGUGUUGUUAAAAAUGUUAAAGAACCUUGGUCUCCUACAUGCCUGCCUUUGCGAUUUAGUGCUGCAUUAAGUGUCUGUGCACAGAUUCUUAUCACUGGAUGUAAGUAAAUGUGUAUGAUACAAUAAUAAAUUAUGUUUCAAAGGAGAAAGAAUGUUGAAUUGUGGUGGUAUUUAUUUAUUGAUUCAUUUUCAAACCUCAUAACUUGUAGAACUUACGAUAGUAUAAUGUUUUCUGCUAAUAAGAUGACUAAUAAUAACAUUUUCGUUUGAUAUUGCAGUCCUAUUCUUAUGUCACAUUUGUGAGAUUUGCUUAUUACAUUUUUGGAAAACAUUUUUAUUGGUUUUUGUAUGUGUCACGAGUCCGACCGAGGGUGUUUCCCCUUCCCGGGCGGUUGGCGCUCGGCGGUCGUCGUCACCGGCCUAUUAGCUGCCACUGAUUGUUUUUCCUCUCCCUCCUUGUAUGUUUAGUGGUAGCACCUGUUCAUGAUUAAAUCAGCUAAUUAGUUUGUCUUUAUUAGACAGCCGGCCCGCCUGGUUGUUGUGCGGGAUUAUUGCAGUGUAACCUUCGGCUCUGUUGUUAGAAGUACGUGUUAGUGCCUGGUCGUUACGUUUUCUGUUGUACAUUCUCAUUCCCUGUGUUUGGGGCCGUUACUAUUGUGAGCACCCUGGGAUGCGUUGGCGCUAUUAAAGACGCACAGCUUUGCACUCACUGUCUCCUGCGUUUGACUCCACACACCUACGACACCUGAAGUGUUACAGUAUGUAUAUCAAAAUAUAUAUAUACAGUACCAGUCAAAAGUUUGGACACACCUACUCAUU